CGCAAAUUCCAUCAUGAUUUCCAUCUCUUCAUUUCUCGUCGUUCCCAAUGCCCAUCCACCCUUUUUCUCUCUCUAACUCCUCUCUCCACUUAUAAACUCUAUUGCAAUCUCCGCAUCCAAAUUUGUCAUCUGUGAACACCCUAGAUCUUCAUUGCCCUCGCCAAAAAUCCCCAAUCGAAGUUGAGAGCAAGUCUUUUAAGAAUGGCUGAUGACAAUGCGCCAAGUGAAAACCACAUCAACUCUGGUGAUAAUACUGUUCCCUCAGAAAACGAGAAUGAAAUAUCCAUUGAUGCCUUGGCGAAAAAGGUCCAAGAGUCUCUCUCACUUGCAAAGAGGCAUAAGUUUUGGGAAACCCAACCUGUUGGACAGUUCAAGGAUCUAGGGGAUACAAGCUUGCCUGAAGGCCCAAUAGAGCCGCCAACACCAGUUUCUGAAGUGAAACAAGAGCCUUAUAAUCUUCCAGCUCCUUAUGAGUGGAUUACAUGUGAUAUAGACUCUGAAGAGGUGUGCUCCGAGGUAUAUAGCUUGUUGACCAAUAACUAUGUUGAGGAUGAUGAGAAUAUGUUCAGGUUCAAUUACUCGAAAGAGUUUCUCCGCUGGGCACUUCGCCCUCCUGGUUAUUAUAGGAGCUGGCAUAUUGGAGUGAGGGUGAAGAGUUCGAAAAAGCUGGUUGCAUUCAUCACUGGUGUCCCUGCCAGAAUCCGGGUUCGUGAUGCUGUUGUCUUGAUGGCGGAGGUAAACUUUCUAUGUGUUCAUAAGAAACUUCGAUCAAAAAGGCUUGCUCCAGUCAUGAUUAAAGAGGUUACACGGAGGGUUCACUUGGAGAAUAUCUGGCAAGCAGCUUAUACUGCUGGUGUUGUCCUUCCUACGCCCAUAACAACCUGUCAGUAUUGGCACAGAUCUUUGAAUCCAAAGAAGCUUAUCGAUGUUGGGUUUUCUAGGCUGGGUGCAAGAAUGACAAUGAGCCGGACUAUAAAGUUGUACAAGUUGCCAGAUCAGACGGCAACCCCCGGAUUCAGAAAGAUGGAACCUCAUGAUGUUCCUGCAGUUACUCGUUUGCUUCGGAAUUACUUGAAGCAAUUUGUCGUUGCACCAGAUUUUGAUGAGGAUGAUGUGGAGCACUGGCUGCUACCAAAGGAAGAUGUUGUUGAUAGUUACUUGGUUGAAAGUCCUGAAACUCAUGAAAUCACCGACUUCUGCAGUUUUUACACCCUUCCCUCUUCUAUACUCGGCAGCCAGACCCAUUCUGUUUUGAAGGCUGCUUAUUCUUAUUAUAACGUGUCCACCAAGACUCCCUUACUUCAAUUGAUGAAUGAUGCCCUCAUAGUUGCCAAGAAGAAGGAUUUUGAUGUUUUCAAUGCUUUGGAUGUCAUGCAUAACGAAACCUUCUUGAAGGAACUGAAAUUUGGACCCGGAGAUGGGAAACUUCACUAUUAUCUCUACAACUAUCGACUGAAGCAUGUUUUGAGAUCAUCCGAACUUGGGCUUGUGCUUUUAUAGAUUGGGAUUCGGUCAAAGAUUCCUGGGCACUUUUGUAACUUAUGUGAACUCUUAUCUUUUCAUGGCGCCCCCUUAUAAUUCCUGUCCUGCAUGCAUGAUUCGCAUUUCAACUUAAUGUGAAACUGAGAAAUAGAUGAAUUUUGCAACUGAGCAUUUGUACUAGGUUUAUGUUGAAACUGGGAUGAAUUACUAUUGUUGGAUAAAUAUUGCC